AACGCUGUUUGCCUUGACUUCUUGGUCCUCCUCGAUAGUGUUGAUGCCUUCGUUCUUGUGAAGCGAAGCUGCGUGGAUUGAUGGCAACUUGAUGGAGUAACCUUUAAUCAAGCUGUACUCGUGUUGGAUUUCGCCUCCCAAUCCUUUGAUGGACUCCUUGAACUUAUCAGGAGAGCAGCUCUCUUUCAAGGUGACGAUAAAUGUCUUGUGGUCUUCGUUUGUCAUUUUAUGUGUGUUUUUUUAGUAGUGUUUCUGCUGCCAGCCUCUGUUCUCUUUUAUUGGGGUGUGGGAGUACAAUUGAUGUCUCAACCGCCUUCAUGCAAGCAGAAAAGACACUUUUACCGGAGGAAGGGAGGAAGGAGCAACAGCAGCAGCGGCAGGGCGUCUGGCAGCCCAGCCGCCCCAGCACACGAACCUUCGCAGCAACGCCUUCGGCAGAAUCCGCACUCCUCUGCGGCCCUGCGGAUUGGGCUUGUUGAUAAUAGAUAAAGAUAGUGCAGGAUAGGGACUAGGAUAAGAAGAGCUGGCUUUUGGUGCACGGUG